UGCUUUCUCGUGCCCAGCCCCUUCUCCCACCAACGCCCCCGUGCCACCACCAGGCCCUCGAUCUCCAAUCCCCAUCGCUCUCGAUCCAUCGCUCCCGCACAAAUAAUCCUGCCCGGUUUCAUCGCAUCGCAUCGCAUGCGUUUUCCCAGCUGGGUUCCUGGUGCUUUCUUGGAUCGCCGCCGCACCCGCCCUUGCCGGCUUUCCUUCCCGACCUGCAGCCCCAGAAGCACAUAUAGAAGCAGAAGACAAUUGUUUUUUCAAUUUUCACAUUUUUGGAAGCUCCAUUAAGACACUUUUUCUUUAUUCAAGAAGAGAGUAAUGAAGGCGGGGCAUAUCAAUGCGAGUAGCCAAAAGAAAUGAAGUGGUAUCAGGUGUGGAAAUUGGGCUUCGACGAUAUGAAGAGUGUUACAGUUCCUCGCACAAGAGCAAGUCCAAGAAGACGCAUAUGGAUAUCAGUGGUUGUAAUAUUUGUCACCAUCACUGUGUUAUGGGCUUAUCUUUACCCACCCCAGGAUUAUACCUAUCCUGUUAGGGACUGGUUUCCCUCAGAACCAACCCGGGAACUUACUGAUGCAGAGACUGCUGCACGUGUUGUCUUCAGACAGAUCCUCUCGACGCCUGCUUUCAUACCAAGGAACCCAAAAAUUGCCUUUAUGUUCCUGACCCCAGGAAAACUUCCAUUCGAAAAAUUGUGGGAGUUGUUCUUUAAGGGACAUGAGGGGAGAUACACUAUAUAUGUUCAUGCUUCACGGGAGAAGCACGAACAUGUCAGUCCCAUAUUUGUCGGUCGAGACAUACACAGUGAGAAGGUAGGAUGGGGUAUGAUUUCAAUGGUUGAUGCAGAGAGGAGGCUGUUGGCAAAAGCUCUAGAAGAUAUAGACAACCAGCAUUUUGUAUUGCUUUCAGACAGCUGUGUUCCUCUUCACAAUUUUGACUAUGUGUACGACUUCCUCAUGGGAUCAAGACACAGUUUUCUGGACUGUUUUCAUGACCCCGGGCCACAUGGAGUUUACAGAUACUCAAAGAAUAUGUUACCUGAAGUUUGGGAGUCAGAAUUCAGGAAAGGUUCUCAGUGGUUCUCAAUGAAGCGACAACAUGCAAUGGUGGUGAUUGCAGACAGUCUUUAUUACUCAAAAUUCAGGCUUUACUGCAGGCCCGGAAUGGAAGAAGGUCGCAAUUGCUAUGCAGAUGAGCAUUAUCUGCCAACACUAUUCCACAUGAUGGACCCUGCUGGCAUUGCUAACUGGUCUGUCACCUACGUUGAUUGGUCUGAAGGAAAGUGGCAUCCCAGAUCUUUCCGAGCUAAUGAUGUCACUUAUGAACGCCUGAAGAAUAUGACUUCGAUUGAUGUGAGCUACCACAUCACCAGUGAUGAGAAGAAAGAGCUCUUGCAGAAGCCUUGCCUGUGGAAUGGACUUAAGAGACCAUGCUACUUGUUUGCAAGGAAAUUUUACCCUGAAGCAUUAGACAAUCUUGUGAACUUAUUCUCAAACUACACAAUUUUCUGAGUUCUACAGCAGGAAGCAUACACAUUUUUGGAAGCACUGGUGUUUAUGUUCUUUGUACAUUGGUGGGGGAGCAGAUAUAUUGACACUAACUCAAUAUAUAAUAGGGAACAAGUAUUAGACAAUUGUUUCACCCAUAAACUGUUUUAGGAUUAUAUUCUUUUUAUAUAGGUUUUCAGCGUUACUCUUUUUUUUGUGUCUCCUGACAAUAGCUAAUUAUGUUAAAACUGUCAUUUGUGCCAAUUUUUUCAUUAAACCUUGCUCAAAA